AUGACGUAUGAUUUACAGGCUGUAGCGGGCAUGUUUUCUCGCUCUAUUCAGCAUACUAUUGAAGAGAACGGUAUUCUGUCUAGUGAGCCGGGUCCGGAAAGCAGUGAGGUCAAUGGGUUUCGAGCCUCCAUUUUUCUAGCGGCAUCGGCGACCGGCCAGAAGCUUCCUGCCGUCGUCGUAUUUGCUGGGGUCCCUGGUGCACGUAUGGCGGCUGAGGAAUGGAACACCAGCUUUGGUUCUGUCGUUUACUGA